AUGCGCCUGGAAGAAGAAACGGCUGCAGCAACAGCGGCAGCAGCUGUCGCAGCUGUGCCGGUCGCAUCGAAUGAUGCUCAACAUGAAUCGCCCAAGCAGCGGUACCGUCGCGAAAGCACGCCACUUCUAAGGCACCCAACUCCGGCGACAUCGUACCUCCAAAGCAGAUUGUGGUGGAUGGGCUUCCUGCUUAUGACGCUGGGUGAGUCGGGUAAUUUUCUCUCGUAUGGAUUUGCACCUGCCUCGCUCGUAUCGCCCCUGGGUGCUGUUUCCCUCCUUUCCAAUGCGGUAGUGGCACCGACCCUGCUUGGUGAGCAUUUGUAUCUCCUCGAUAUCGCCGGCAUGGUCCUCUCGAUUAUUGGCGCUGUCUCAGUAGUGUGUAGCGUCGGACCGUCGGGCAAUGUGCCACUAGACCCGUCCAGCUUGUGGGCCGCUCUCUGUGAGCCGACGUUUGUUGUGUAUGCGACCUCCAUGCUGGUGCUGGGCAUUGUGCUCAUUGUGAUGUGCCGAAGAACACAAGCUGGCUCCCGCUCUGUCCUCGUACAUGUCGGUCUAUGUGCGGUAUUUGGUGGGUUCACCGUGCUUGCGACGAAGGCCAUUUCGUCCUUCCUGGUGCACUUUCGCAGUGCAUCAAUAGUACGUGAGCCGCUCUUCUACAUGCUGCUGCUGGUGCUGCUCGCUACGGCCGUGACGCAGCUCAUCUUCUUGAAUCAAGCGUUGCAGCGCUUCGAGUCGCGCCAUGUGAUACCGUCGCAAUUUGUGCUGUUUACUAUUUCCACCAUCAUCGGCUCGUCGAUCUUGUAUCACGAUUUGUCGAAGCUCAGCUGGGCGCGCCUCGCUGCCUUUUGCGUGGGAUGUCUAUGCACGUUCUUGGGCGUGUUUGUGCUGACAUUCGAGGUCUCGAUCGAAUCAGCAGCGCCACAGCCGCCCUCAACGCCCACGCCCGACAUUGUCUGUGACACAGACGGUCAGAUUCCUGCACAUGUCGAGCAUCGCCACCGCCCGGCAUCGCUCUCGAUACCAUCGACGCCUCCUGCCCCAGCAGCCCUCUUGCAUCUUGUUGGUACGGCGCCUGUAUAUGUGCCUGAUGCACGGCUCUCUGAUGCACAAGACCAAGGCGGUCCUCGUACAUCGACAAAUUCUGUCUCAUCUCUAGCGCAUGUCGCUGCCAAAUGGGUGGAGCAUAACCUUCCAUCACCACACACAGACAGACCCAGCACGCGUGUGUUGCGGCGCUCGCCUUCACGACUGGAAGCACCACACCAUGCACUUAUGGACGCGAUGCCAUGGCUUCAGGAGCAAGCGCCCAAUCAUGUAGCACAAGCGGGCCCCAAGGCAUUCUUGAGCAUCAGCCCUGGACGUCAUUUGUUGACCAGUCACAGCUCCCGACCUAGCACACCGACUCGCAUUCCUACUGAGCCCAUGUAA